UGUUUACCGUAGAGUUUAGAGCAAAAGCGAAAAUAAACGUACGCCCCCCUAUCCCUUCUCGGCCACUAGCGACUGGCACCACCGGACUACCAGAUUCCUCUUGUCUCUCUCUCCCUCACCACCCGGUCACCAGAACCCGAGAUCCCAUCACCUUCUCCAACGGCACCAGACAAAAAUCCAGCUAUGAAUCCCCCCCCCUCCACCGCUCCACCCUUUUAGCCCCCAUCACCGCCAAAAUACUCCUCCGCUCUCUCUCUUGCAUGCCCCAAGAAACCCUAAAUUUCGCUCACUCUUUUCUGGUAAACAAUGUCGGUGCAUUCCCUCCUCCUUUUGCUCCUCUUGGGAUUCCUCCGCCGGGCCCCGCCGUGCUCCGCCACCUCCGCCUCUCUGGUGGGCAUCAACUACGGCCGGGUGGGUAACAACCUACCCUCGCCGGAGGCGGUUCCCCGCCUCGUCUCCACCAUCGGCGUCGGCCGCGUCCGCCUCUACGACGCGGACCCCGCCGCCAUCCGCGCCUUCGCCAACACCGGCAUCGAGCUCGUCGUCGGCCUCCCCGAUCGCUGCCUUCCCAAACUCGCCGGCGACCCAGGCGAGGCCCUCGCCUGGGUGCGUUCCAAUGUCCAGGCCUACCUCCCGGCGGCGAAGAUCGCCUUCCUCACCGUUGGCAACGAGGUGCUGACCAGUAACAACACCGCGCUCCCCCACUUCCUCCUCCCCGCCAUGGACAACCUCCACUCCGCGCUCGCCUCGCUCGGCCUCGACCGCCAGAUCGCCGUCACCACCGCCCACUCCCUCGCGGUCCUCGGCGACUCCUACCCGCCCUCCACCGCCACUUUCCGCCGCGACCUCCUUCCCCUCCUCUGCCCCAUUCUCGACUUCCACGCCCGCACCGGCUCCCCCUUUUUCAUCAACGCCUACCCCUACUUCGCCUACAAGAAGGACCCCUCCGGCGUCGCCCUCGACUACGCCCUCCUCCAGUCCAGCGCCGCCCCCGUGGUCGACCCACGCUCCGGCCUCCAGUACGCCAACCUCCUCCACGCCCAGAUCGACGCCGUCUACCACGCGAUCGCCGCCGCCGGGGCGACCAAGGGGGUCGAAAUCAGGGUCUCGGAGACGGGGUGGCCGUCUGCCGGCGACGUCGACGAGGCGGGGGCGACGGCGGAGAACGCGGCCGCCUACAACCGGAAUCUGAUGAAGCUGGUGGCGGAGGGGAAAGGGACGCCGCUGUUGCCCAAGGUACCGCUGCGGGUGUACGUGUUUGCGCUCUUCAACGAGAACUUGAAGCCCGGCCCUGCGUCGGAGAGGAACUACGGGAUCUUCAAGCCCGACGGGACGCCGGCGUACGAGCUUGGCUUCACGCUUGAUAACUCCACCGCCCCCGGCGCAGGAGGUGGUGGUGGUGGUGGUGCGGGCUUGGGUGGGGAUUCCUCCGGCGAGCCGUCCUCCGGCUAUUACAGCAUUUCGGCGGCCGCCACGGAGAAGCGGACAGUGGGAAGGGCGGUGGCGGGCGUGAUAUUUUUUGUUUUCCAAAUUUUUCUAGCGUAAUAAUUUCUUGUGUAUUUUGGAUAGAUGUUGUAAUUAGUGGCAAUUUAAUGCCGGGUUAGUGGGUUAGCAUCAGUGUCGUUGGGACUCGGUGACAUCGUGGUUCAGGGCUCAAAAUUUUAGUUUCUUUAGUUGCGUUUGUUAAGUUUUUAUAUUCUUGGAAAUCGGUGCCCAUGGUUGGAGUUUUAAAAAAAAAAAAAAUAGUUGUGUGACCGU